AUGGCUAAUGAGGGUACUGUCCUUUUGAAUAACUGGCUCCAGGCUAGAAACCGAGUAACUUCACUAAGUUGGGAAGAGUCAACGACGGGUCCCAGACAUUCCCCGCAAUGGACGUCCGUUUGUAAGAUCGAUGGACAAGAUUACGGUCGUGGAACGGGAGCGCAGAAACAUCUCGCUCGUGACAUAGCUGCAAAAGCGGCAUUGGAACGUCUCAUCCAGGAGAGCGAGUAA